GGUCCCAUCCUGGGCAUGGUGGGUGAAGACGCUGAACUGCCCUGUCAUCUUUCCCCGAAGAUGAGUGCGGAGACCAUGGAUCUGAUGUGGGUGAGAUCCAGCCUUAGGCAGGUAGUAUACGAGUACGCAAACGGAAAGGAAGUAGAAGACAAUCAGAUGGCACAGUAUCGAGGGAGAACUUCGAUUUUAAGAGAUGGCAUCACUGAAGGGAAGGCUACUCUCCAAAUUUACCCUGUCAGAGCCUCUGACAGUGGAAGCUACCAGUGUUAUUUCCAAGAUGACAACUUCUCUCAAAAAGCCAUGGUGGAGCUAGAGGUAGCAGCACUGGGUUCUGAUCCUCGCAUUGAAAUGAAAGGUCAUGAGGAUGGAGGGAUCCAUCUGGAGUGCAUGUCCACCGGCUGGUAUCCCCGACCUGAAAUACAGUGGAUAGAUGCCAAGGGAGAAGACAUGCCAGCUGUGGCUGCACCUUUGGAGCUGGAUGGAGCGGGUCUGUAUGCAGUCACAGAAUCUGUGAUUGUGAAAGGCAGCUCUGGGGAAGGAGUAUCUUGUAUCAUCAGAAAUCCCCUCCUCAACCAGGAAAAGUCAGCCAGGAUUUCCAUUGCAGAGCCCUUCUUCUGGAGAGCCCAGCCCUGGAUCUCCACACUGGCGGGGACCCUGCCAGUUCUGCUGCUGCUUCUCGCAGGGGCAGGUUACUUCAUGUGGCGACAGCAGAAGGAGAAAGAGAGAGAGCGAGCAGUAAAGGAGCAGGAACAAAGGGCAAGAGAGUACCUCCAGCUUGUACUGCGUGGAGAGAAGUCUCUUGCCUAUGCUGAAUGGAAGAUGGCCCUCUUCCAAGCUGAGGAUGUGAUUCUGGAUCCGGACACAGCAAACCCCAACCUCCUUGUUUCUGGGGACCAGAAGAACCUGGAGUGGGCAGACACACGACAGGAUCGGCCAGCCAACCCCAAGAGAUUUGAUACACAUUACUGUGUGCUUGGCUGCAGGAGCUUCACAGCAGGGAGACAUUUCUGGGAGGUGGGGGUGGGUGUCAGGAAAGAGUGGUAUGUCGGGGUGUGUAGGGAGAAUGUAGAGAGGAAAAAAUGGGUUUAUAUAGCACCCGAUAAUGGAUUCUGGAUUAUGGGGCUGUCUGAGGAGAAUUACCUUCUGGCUCUCACUGAGCCCCGGACCUACCUGACAAUUGUAAACCUUCCUCAAAAAGUGGGUGUUUUCCUGGACUAUGAGACUGGUGAGGUCUCAUUCUACAAUGCCACGAAUGGAUCUCGUAUCUAUACCUUCCCACGCACCUCCUUCUCUGGGCCUCUGUGGCCUGUUUUCAGAAUUAAGAAAGGGGGUCCCACUGCCAUGACCAUUUGCCCAGAAAUGACCUGA